CGCAUGAAGCGUCUUCUUACCGCACAGUGCGUUAAGCACGCGCGUGCUUGGCAUGCUGAUGUCGUUUGGGGCCAUCUGUUUAACGGCCAAGUGAUCCACAGUAAUGCAGUAAAUCUUGGCAUUAGCAUUAUGCCAGCAGAUCUCUACAGCUAUCCAGCGUACAGACGUGAAAAUAAAACCAUUUGGAGUACAACAAACACGGCAUGUGUCAUCACGAUCCCGUCUUCAAGAGCAGGGUAUAAAUACAGGAGCACGACGUAGUUCUAGCCACAGAACAGUCUGGAUUCUCAUAGAGGUAGAAGCAUACAAAAUGAAAGUUACUGCUUGGAUGUUCCUUACGCUGCUACUGGGCAGCUAUCUUCACUUGGGCAGUGCCUUAUUCCUUAAGGCCCUGAAAGCAGCCAAGGGUUUUGGUUAUGGCAGCUCGGCAGGGUACUACAAUGGCUAUAACUCUGGCUAUAGAGGCUAUUCGCCAGGCUAUUCCUCUGGUUACAACUAUGGCUACGCAGGCUAUGGGCCAGGAUAUUCCUCUAGAUAUGCCCCAGGAUAUAACAACUACGGCUAUUCUUCAGGCUACAAUGCUCCUCGCUAUAACUAUGGCUACAAUGCCUACGCAGGAUAUAGCGGAGGCUAUGGAGGUGGCGGCUACAGUCGACCAAGUCGUCAGCGUCAAGGACGAACUUACUCGGAAAUUGCGCGUGUUCUCAAGCCAGACAAAUAUCUAGGACUUGGCAAUGGACGUUAUCUUCCACAUACUCCUUAUUCUCAUCUCUGGUAGAAUUAGCGAAUUCAUUUAAUUUAAG